AUGAACUGGAAUGGAGAGCAUUCUUCGGGAAUACAACCAACAGAUGUGACGAGGGGGGUGACGGAUCAAGUGUUUCAAGGAAAAAAUGACAACCUUCAUCUGUCCAGAAUGGUUGAAUGGCAGUUUAACAAUUUUAACGCCCCCUUUGAAAAGUUGGUGGGUACGAGUAAACGCACCGUGAUGGUCUAUUCGGAUGUAGUAGAAUCCACCGUGGUAGGGAGUGGCAAAUUUCCCCUGUUGCGUGAAGUGCAGUUAUUAAGAACAGGGCAUGGUCAGAGUACGGUGGAACCCCUGCACCACCAGUGGAUUAAAGUGCGAGGGAAUCAAUUGGAUAUUGUGGAAGUGGAGAUCGCCGCACCCCAAGGACCCCUGGCCAUCUUACCCCCCUGGGAAACCAUCGUGGACAUUGGACUCAAACAGCUAUAA